AUUCGCCACGAAACGUCUCGUUUUUCUUGCGCACGCUUGUUUGAAAGAAGAGCGUGUCUGGAAACGCGCGCACGCUCAGUGGCCCGAGCGGGUGACGUCAGAGGUGCCGGUGCCGAGAGGCGUUCUCAGAAUAGACUUCUAGGAAACAGCCAAUUUGAAAAAAGCCAAGCCUUUUCGCCGCGUCCCCUUCCCACAUUGGAAGCUCCCUAUUCCGGCGACAACACACUCCACAAAAACGAGGCCGCUAGACGUGAAUGUGUUCUUUACAAGACAACCUAAAUGAACGUCGUAUUUUGGUUGACAACAGACGGAAGCGCGUCUACAAAAACAGCCUGAGAAUCACUGAUUGUUCUUUUAAUUUAAUUUAAUUUUACUUUUUUAUAACAAGUUUUUCUUUGUUUUGCUUCAUUUGGGUUGUUUGUAAUCUUUUUAUGAACAAGAGUGGAAUACGACUGGAAUUAGUGUGGAUUGAAGAAAUAGUAUGAUUCUCUGCGUUCCAGGUCCCCGAGGUCUUUUGCCCACUGCUCCAACCCCUGAGGCACCCCAGAGGGGUAUGCGAGCAGGCACGGUAGCUCCUACGCCUUGCCUUCAGAGCAGCCCGCCACUAUGGGAUCCCACCAAGGAUCUGCGGGCCAUUGCCAGCAACUUCUGCUACUUGGAAACAUCAGGGUGGUAUUGGGGAGCUAUAAGUGCGGCCCAGGCACACGGAGCACUUCAAGAGGCCUCUGAAGGGGCUUUUCUGGUACGGGAUAGCAGCCACCCUCUUUACAUGCUCACCCUCUCAGUCAAGACAGCCCGUGGUCCCACCAGCAUACGCAUCCAGUACAGCUGUACUCGCUUCCUACUGGACUGCAGCUCACCGGCCCGGCCCAGCUUGUCGUCCUUCCCCAACGUGCCCAGCCUGGUGCAGCACUACAUGGGGCCACAGAGGAGAACAGAAAACGAGGAGGGGGGCACGGCGGCUAAAGAGGCACCUUCCAAAGUGACAAUCCAAGAGGCCUCAGCGUCAGUGGUGCUAAAAUUAAAGCGACCCGUGUACAAGCCGCAAAGCCUACCCUCCCUGCAGCACCUCACGCGCCUCGUCAUCAACCGGCAUUCAGAGUGCCACGACCAGCUACCACUCCCCAGGCCUCUGCUGCGUUUCUUACAGGAUUACCCCUUCAAGGUAUGAGGCCGAUUUUGACUGCAAAAGGAGGACAAACACACAACAGGUCCUUUUUUCCCCUCUGGAAAUGACAUUUGCUGCUUCAGAACUUGAGACACAGGGUCAUCAUUUUUUAAAAACGUAUACAGUUUAUAUCAGCGAGCACGAGUGCGUGUGUUUAUCACAUUUGGGCUGGAAUGCAUGAAAUGUAUAUAGUGAUUCCAUUUACACACCUUUGCCAUUUUAUUUUACUCAGUAAAAUACUUUUUCUACCUUUUAAA